AUGGAGAGAAGUUGUAACGAACAAGGCGGAGACUCGCUUGGUAACGAUUGGAGAACACAGCAUGAGCCUGAUCUACGAAGAAAGAUUAUUUUCGCAAUAGUGGAAAAGUUGAAGAUAAGUUUUCAUCAACAUAGUGAAAAUGAUAUUAAGAACAUGACUUUCAAAUUUGAGGAUAAAAUCUAUAGUAUGGCCACAGAUAAGGAUGAUUACCUGUGGAAACUCAGAAGAAAAGUUCUUGCUCUGAAUCAAGGACAAUCUCUUUCCACCUCGUUGAACAUCCAGAGCAAUCUCAACAGUCCUGAAUCUUCUUCUGGUUUGCCCACUCAUGUUCCUACAACCACCGUUUCUGCAGCUCAGAAUCUGAACAGUCAAAUGAAUGAAGAAGGAGCAGCAUCACCAGCAAAGUCACAGAGUUCCAAAACCAUGUUCCAGCAUCAGAUGGAUCAGCAGCAAAGUCUGUUAAACCAACCUAUCCAGCAGCAGUUGCCACAUCAUACCUCAUUGACUAUUAUUGAGCAGUCUUCUCCUCAGUCAUCCGCUCUCUCUAGUCUACCAUCUUCAGGCCAACCAAACUCUCAGAUCGCUGUUCCGUCCCACGGACAGAGACAACCAGAACACGAGAACCUCAUUAGUCAACUGAUGAAUAAUGGUCAGCAGAAUCAUCUAACAUCACCACAAAACAAAGGGGAGGAGGAGCAAGAACAAACUCCUAGGGUAUUAUCUACCUCCCAGCAGAACAAUAUGGCCAGCUUUAAUGUGAACGGACCAAGUUUGUUGGGUGCUCAAGGCCAAGAGGUGGAGCAGCAGUCCCAACCAAUGAUGCCACUCCAUCUAUCUAGUACCAGUGGUGACUGGCGGGAAGAGACGUAUCAGAAGAUAAAAGCCCUCAAGGAGAAGUAUGCCCUUGUUCUGAGUACAUUGUUACAAAAAAUUUCUGAUAAACUGAGGGAGAUGGAUUCUCUUUCUCAACAGAACAUGCCACUUGAUCGCAAGGUAAAAAGGAGCAAAUCGACGGUGGAACAACUUCUCGAGUUCUUAAACGUCUGUAAGAGCAGUGUGUCAGAGUUUCACAGAGAUAAGUUUAGUCUUUAUGAGCGCAACGUAUUGGGAUUCAACCAGUCUUAUCAGAUCCAAACUCAGAGGUCAAUGCAGCAGCGGCAGCAGAAGCAGCAACAAGUGUCUCAACAAGAGCCACAGACGAACCAGCUUCCAAAGCCAAUGGCUUCUCCAGACCACCCCAUAUCCGUUGAGUCCCCUGUUUCGAAUGAUAACCGAAUCCAAACAGAAUCUGAUCAGGAGCAUCCUCCUCUGGUUACUCUUCAACGCGAGCCAGUCUCAGAGCGGCCUAUUGAUCGUCUGAUGAAAGCUAUUCAAUCAUCAUCACCUGAAUCUUUGGCACAGUCAGUCAAUGAGAUGAGGUCAGUCAUCAGCUGGACCGACAGAUUUGCUGGUUCGGUCCACUCCGUUGGAGGAUUUAGAGCUCUUCUAGGGGAGGAUUUGAGUGAGAGGACAAGGUUGCGUGUGCAACAAGGAGAUACAAAUCCAACUAAGAGAUUUAAGCGCUCAGUUACCGCAAUACCUCUUGAUUCCAAAGUUAACAAGAUUGAGCCUAGUUAUGUCCUACUGCAAGAAAUCUUUGAAAUAAAUGGGAGACUUGUAGAGACAGUUGUAAGUAUAUGCAAUGAAGAUGUUUGUCCAAGUGAAGUUACUUCAGGAUUAACAGUCGUCACGUGUUCUUAUGUCCCUGUGGCUCUUAGCGCCGCAUUCAAAGCUCUUUACAGUUCAGGACGUAUCGUAAGUCUCUCUAAACUUACUUUUACCAGUGCCUUGACUCAGCUGCUUAUGUCUCUCAUGUUUGAUAUGAUGCAGUCACAGAUUCAGCCGUUACGCUUACUAGUUCCUGAGAGUUACCCAUGUUCCCCAAUAAUUGUCGAGAAAGUCCUCUUUGAUGCCCCCAGUGUACACAAGAGGAUUUAUCCGCGAGAGGAUUUAUCGGCGAGAGCUAGAACGAGGUUUGGUUUGUCUAUGAAGGAAUACUCAGAACCAAUGUCACUUAAAGAGAUAGCUAAAGUUUGGGAUGAGUGUGCGAGAGCUACAGUGCUCGAGUACGCUGAAAGGCAUGGUGGAGGCACUUUUAGCUCCAAGUACGGUAGUUGGGAGUCUGUUCUAGCUAAGAGCUUCAUGAGCCCUCAAUACUCAAGUUAGGUUUUCUUAUUUUGCCUUGUGUUAGAAGA